CGGGAGAGAGAGUCGGUUUAGAACUGCUAUAAAAGAAUCGAAAACCUCAAGACGGAGAUCGUUACUCGUUCUCCUCUUCUAGCGUCAAUUGAUUUGUGUUCAAACAGUCGCUCAGGAUGCAGAUAUUUGUCAAGACCCUCACCGGCAAGACAAUAACCCUUGACGUGGAGAGCUCCGAUACGAUUGAAAACGUUAAGUCUAAAAUCCAGGAUAAGGAAGGAAUCCCACCGGAUCAGCAGAGGCUGAUCUUCGCUGGCAAACAGCUUGAGGACGGCCGAACGCUCUCCGACUACAACAUCCAGAAAGAGUCUACCCUCCACCUUGUUCUUCGUCUUAGGGGAGGGAUGCAGAUCUUCGUCAAGACUCUAACUGGGAAGACAAUAACCCUUGAGGUGGAGAGUUCGGACACCAUCGAGAUCGUUAAGACCAAAAUCCAGGACAAAGAGGGGAUCCCUCCGGACCAGCAGAGGCUGAUCUUUGCCGGAAAGCAACUUGAGGACGGUCGCACCCUUUCCGACUACAACGUCCAGAAGGAAUCCACCCUUCACCUCGUUCUCCGUCUCAGAGGAGGAAUGCAGAUCUUUGUCAAAACCCUCACUGGCAAGACCAUUACUCUCGACGUGGAGAGUUCCGACACCAUCGAAAUCGUUAAGUCAAAAAUCCAGGACAAAGAGGGCAUCCCACCGGACCAGCAGAGGUUGAUUUUCGCCGGAAAACAGCUCGAGGACGGCCGAACCCUCUCCGACUACAACAUCCAGAAAGAGUCGACCCUCCACCUUGUUCUUCGUCUUAGGGGAGGGAUGCAGAUAUUUGUGAAGACCCUCACCGGCAAGACCAUCACGCUUGAGGUGGAGAGCUCUGACACGAUCGAAAAUGUCAAAUCCAAAAUUCAAGACAAGGAGGGCAUCCCCCCGGACCAGCAGAGGUUGAUCUUCGCCGGAAAGCAGCUCGAGGAUGGUCGAACCCUCUCUGACUACAACAUCCAAAAGGAAUCCACCCUCCAUCUCGUUCUCCGCCUCAGAGGGGGAAUGCAGAUUUUUGUCAAAACCCUCACUGGCAAGACUAUUACCCUCGAGGUGGAGAGCUCUGACACCGUCGAGAUAGUGAAGUCGAAGAUCCAGGACAAGGAGGGACUUUCACCGGACCAGCAAAGGUUGAUCUUCGCCGGUAAGCAGCUUGAGGACGCUCGUACCCUUGCCGACUACAACAUUCAGAAGGAAUCUACCCUUCACCUUGUUCUCCGCCUUCGCGGUGGGCAGUGAAUGGCCUGUUUUCGUUAUGAUGCCUUAAAGGUGUGGAAGCUUGUCCGUAUUUGUCUAUUUCGUUUCGUACUCUGAUCUUCUUGAGUUACUCAAGAACAAUGGUUUUAUUCACUUUAAGCGUUUUAUCUGGUUUGGUUCUAUUUUCCUGCAAUCUGUUAUCGUCGUUAGACAUGAUAACACUAUAUGAACCGUCGUAAUAAUCGCGGUUAAUCUCCUAUUACUUGAUAUUAGAGUAUAUCAGCUUAGAUGCAGCUAUUUAUUUGUUCCAUUAUUUUUUUUGUUUCAGAGCUCCUUCA